ACAAUUUACAGUUUCGUACAUUCUGUGCCAAGUACAGCUAGUAUGAAAAUUUGGGUUGUUUACUAAAGUUUUCAAAAUAACGAAAUUUUUAUAUACAUGCUUUUAGUUCUAUUCAAUUAAACUCUUCCAAAAAAAACAGGAAAAUGCCUCCUCGAUUAAAGUAUAUCGAGGUAGAGAAUUUCAAAUCCUACAGAGGCCAUCGUAUUAUUGGACCUCUUAAACCUUUCAAUGCUGUAAUUGGUCCCAAUGGAUCAGGUAAAUCAAAUUUUAUGGAUGCCAUCAGUUUUGUGAUGGGAGAAAAAACACAGAGCUUGAGAGUAAAAAGACUGAGUGAUUUGAUUCAUGGUGCAGCAAUCAGUAGACCUAUUUCUAGAAGUGCUUCAGUUACCGCAGUAUUCUCUUUGGACGAUGAGACCGGAAAAGAAAUGGCAUUCCAAAGAUCGGUACAAGGUUCCUCUUCAGAAUACCGUAUAAAUGGCAGUGUGGUAUCAAACAAUGAGUAUCUAGGUGAACUGGAGAAACUUAGGAUUAACGUCAAAGCAAAAAAUUUUCUCGUGUUUCAAGGUGCUGUAGAGUCGGUAGCUAUGAAAAACCCCAAAGAAAUGACAGGUCUUUUUGAAGAAAUUAGCGGAUCUGGUGCUCUGAAAGAAGAGUACGACAAGCUCAAACAACAAAUGUUGAAAGCUCAGGAAGAUAUAAAUUUUGCUUAUCAGAGGAAGAAAGGAAUCAAUGCAGAACGUAAAGAAGCUAAGUUAGAGAAAGAAGAAGCAGAUAAAUAUGCUCGCUUGAAAGAUGACUUGAAUGACAAACAAGUUGAACAUCAACUCUUCAGACUCUACCACAACGAACGUGAAAUGAAGAUUUUGGAGUCGGACAUUAAGGGUAAACAGAAGGAAUUGGAUAAAAUCGAAAAAAGGAAAGAAAAAUCUGAAGAAGCUUUGAAGGAAAAAAAGAAGGAACAUGGAAAAUUGAACAGGGAUUUGGCCAAAAUAGAGCAAGAUAUCAGAGAAGUGGAAGUUGAGAUCUCCAAAAAGAGACCCCAGUUCAUCAAGUCGAAAGAGAGGGUUUCGCACAUGCAGAAAAAGUUGGACGGUGCAAUAAAAACAUUAGAACAAGCUAGGAAAGCUCAUGACGCUCAUAUGAACGACAUAAAAAAAUUAGAAGACGAGUUGGCAGAAGUUGAAAGAACAAAGGCCGAUUACGAAGAACAGAUUGCGGGCGAAUCUCAGAGUCAGGGUAGGGACGUUCAUUUGGAAGAUGCGCAGGUUCGCGAAUAUCACAGACUGAAAGAAGAAGCGGCCAAAAGAUCUGCAAGGUAUAUGCAAGAACUGGAUUCGGUUAACCGUGAACAGAAGGCAGAUCAGGAUAAACUAGACAAUCUGCUCGGAAUGAGGACCAAUAACGAAAAUAGACACAGACAGAAAUGUCAUGAGAAAGAGGAAAUGGAAAAAAGGAUUGAGAAAUUAGCAGAACAUAUCAGAUCUAGUCAGCAAGCUCUGCAAGACCAGAAACAGAUGCUUGUCGAUCUUCAGUCAGAUGUUGGUUCUUCCAAAGAUAGGGUACAAGAAAUCCAGAAACAAUUGGACGAUGUCCUAGAACAAUUGGGCGAUGCCCGCACAGAUAAGCAUGAAGAUUCUCGUAGGAAGAAGAAGCAAGAAAUUGUCGAAAGGUUCAAGAGCAACUAUCCUGGAGUUUACGAUCGUAUGAUAAAUAUUUGUCAUCCUAUACAUAAACGAUACAAUGUCCCAAUCACCAAAGUUAUGGGUAAAUAUAUGGAAGCCAUAGUGGUCGACACCGAGCACACAGCUCGUCAGUGCAUCAAAUAUCUCAAAGAGCAAAUGUUGGAACCUGAGACCUUCCUGCCUUUGGAUUAUCUCCAAUCUGCUCCGAUCAAAGAAAGGUUGAGGAGUAUUACAGAACCGAGAGGUGUCAAAUUGCUCUAUGAUGUACUUCAGUACGAACCACAGAACGUAGUCAAGGCUAUUCUUUUUGUUACUAACAACGCUCUGAUAUGUGAGACGCCAGAAGAUGCUAAUAAAGUGGCUUAUGAGCUUGGUGGAAGAUACGAUGCAGUUGCAUUGGACGGUACCUAUUACCAAAGAUCUGGUAUUAUAUCCGGAGGUACCCUAGAUUUAGCCCGGAGAGCUAAGAGGUGGGAUGAAAAGCAUAUGGCACAACUCAAACAGCAAAAAGAAAAACUCACAGAAGAAUUGAGAGAGGCGAUGAAGAAAUCGAGAAAAGAAUCCGAAAUGAACACUGUUGACUCACAGAUUAGGGGAUUGGAGACAAGGUUACGUUAUGCUAAGACUGAUAUGGAAAGUACAAAAAAGCAAAUUAAAGCUGUUGAAACAGAACUUGGCAGGCUGUCAGAUGAGAUGACAUCAUUUGGGCCACAAAUCGAAGCUAUAGAGAAGUGCAUGCAAUCUCGAGAACAGCAGAUCGAAGAGAUCAAAUUGAAAAUGAACAGUGUUGAAGAUGUUGUUUUCUCGAAGUUCUGUCAAGAAAUUGGUGUGAAAAACAUACGUCAAUAUGAGGAUCGUGAGUUGAGAGCUCAAGAAGAACGAAAGCAGAAAAGAUUGGAAUUCCAGAAGCAGAUCAAUAGAAUAACAAGCAAUCUGGAGUUCGAAAGGAGCAGAGAUACUCAAAAUAAUGUGAGCAGAUGGGAACGCACAGUUAACGACGAGGAAGAACGUCUAGAAGCUGGCAAAAAACAAGAGCAGAAACACAGAGACGAAAUCGAUAAGGAUCUCCAACAGGUGGAGCAGCUGAAAACGCAAAGACUCUCUAAAAAGCAGGAGGUCGAUGGUAUGGAAGAAGAAUUGGGCAAGGCCAGGAGAGAAGUCGGAUCUAUCGCCAAAGACGUACAAACCGCUCAAAAAGCCAUUGUCUCCUUCGAAGGAAAAAUCGAAAGUAAACGAAGUGAGAGGCAUACGAUCCUCAUGCAGUGCAAGAUGGAUGAUAUUGCCAUACCGAUGCUUGUCGGCAACAUGGAGGAUAUUGUUGCUGCUGAUCCUCAGUCGCAAAGUGUCUCUGGGGAUUCUAGCUCGACGAACUUGGAGAAAGAAUCCAGAAUUAAAAUUGACUACAACAUGCUGUCGGAAAAUUUGAAGGAACUCGACGAGAAAGACGAAAUAAAACGGAUGGCGGAUAAAUUAUUGAACUCGAUAAAAUCCCUUACAGAUACCUUGAAUAAGAUACAAGCGCCGAACUUGAGGGCCAUGCAAAAAUUAGAAAGUGCCCAGUCGAAACUCCAAUCGACGAACGAGGAGUUCCAAAACUUGCAGAAACAAAACAAAAAGGCAAAGAUUGCCUUCGAAAGGAUAAAACAGCAGAGAUAUGACAUAUUCACGAAAUGUUUCGAUCAUGUGUCCAACGAGAUAGACGCUAUUUAUAAAUCACUGGCCCAGAACCAAUCUGCGCAGGCGUUUUUGGGUGCUGAGAAUCCAGAGGAACCGUAUUUGGAUGGGAUAAAUUAUAACUGUGUGGCUCCUGGAAAAAGAUUUCAACCUAUGUCAAAUUUGUCUGGAGGUGAGAAGACAGUGGCUGCACUUGCUCUGUUAUUCGCAAUCCACAGUUAUCAGCCGGCCCCAUUUUUUGUUCUCGAUGAGGUAGAUGCUGCCUUGGAUAACACGAAUAUCGGCAAAGUGGCUAAGUACAUUACGGAGAAAACGGAGUCCCUUCAGACCAUUGUGAUUUCCUUGAAGGAGGAGUUUUAUUCACAUGCUGAUAAUUUGAUUGGAAUUUGUCCGGAGCCUGCCGAUUGCCUUGUAAGUCAGGUGCUGUUCAUGGACUUGACGAAAUAUGACAAAUAUUGAAAAUACCUCAAUAUUUUUUUAAAAUUAAUAGUUAUUCAUAAGUUUUAUUAGAAUAUGUUUAUGCUUGAUGUUUUUCAAAUUGUGAAGUUCUUAUUAUGUUAUUUAUAAUAAAUGUUCGAAAUAUAUUA